AUUCAGAGCGCUGUGGCUUUGGCGCUGUCCACACGAGAGCAGGUUCUGAAACGCGCCGUGCGCUUGUGCAGUGUUUGCGCGGUAAGGACGGAGGCUCGACCACUGCUUCUCACCGCCGGAGCGCUCACACUGGAAAAACACCUUUCGGCGGACAUCCGAUGCGGCGAGACAGACAAAUUACACUACCGUAUCAGCCGUCUGUGACUUUCCGUGGAUUUUUAGGCACGCACUGAGUGGGUUCAAAACUUGACAAAGCCUGUUUUCUUCUUCAGGACAUUUCUUGGACAUUUAUUUCUUCAAGUUCAAAUUCUUCACGCAAUGGCUAUUUUUCAUUUUCUAUUUAACUUUGGCAAACAUUUUGAUUCGGGGUUCAUAACAUGUGCUUUUUAAAUUUCACAUGUCCACGGUCGCAUGUCUAUUGUUUGGGGAUCUUCGUGCUGUCGGAGUUAUCUGCAUUUUUUUUUUCUUCUUUUAAAAAAGAGAGUCUGAGGGCGCGCUUUGUGCGUUUAGAAGAUCAAAAUGCAAGGAAAUCGCGUUUACGUGAAGAAACGUUGAACAUGAAGUAAAUGUUUUGGUUUGUCAGAAACCUCACCAGGAUUUUACAGAUCCCUGGUAGAGACGCGCUCUGACAGUGCGAACCUCAGUCACAGUUCACGGGUCACGGUCAGUGGAGCGAGGAUGUCAAGAUAGAGCUUGGAAACGAGACUUCUACAUUUUAUCUAAAGCUUAAGACUGUUCGGACUAAUAUUAAAAAUUUGUACAUAUCGCCAGGACUUUUCUUGAAAUUCAAUUUUGAUAAAUCCCCACUGAUGUCUGAGUUAGUUCACUCUGGAUGUUGGGCCGCGGAAGCAGUUGUGUGACCCUGCGUGGUUGCAUUUACAUUUUUGUUGACUAAUUAAUGAUGAAUCAGAUAGAUUGUUAUUUAUGAAUUAUCUCUUUUCCUUUCCCCCGCGAAAAUCACAAACACCAUUUACAGAUUUACUUCUGUUCUUGACCUUAGGCCUUGGGUCUUUAGGCUCAAUUGUUUAUUUUCCAACCAAAGUUUCUGUGGACUUCCACACAGCUGAAACAGUGUUUAACAGAGACAUUUUCGAGCAGAACGGACUGAACACGACGCACAAACCUUUAAAACAGCAAGAACAGGACUUUAAAGGCUUUUUGGUGGUUUUUCACGGGAAGGCCUGUUCUACUAACCGAUGGAAAUCCACUGCAAACACGACCCGUUCGCAGCGAUGCACAGGCAUGGAGGGGUGAAUCAGCUGGGUGGGGUGUUUGUAAACGGGCGGCCCUUGCCUGAUGUGGUGAGGCAGAGGAUAGUAGAGUUGGCCCAUCAGGGCGUACGUCCGUGUGACAUCUCCCGCCAGCUCCGGGUCAGCCACGGCUGCGUCAGCAAGAUACUGGGCAGGUACUAUGAGACCGGCAGCAUUAGACCAGGGGUGAUUGGAGGCUCCAAACCAAAGGUUGCUACACCCAAAGUCGUCGACAAAAUCGCUGAUUACAAACGCCAAAAUCCCACCAUGUUUGCCUGGGAGAUCCGAGACAGACUGCUGGCAGAGAGAGUGUGUGACAAUGACAGCGUGCCCAGCGUCAGCUCAAUCAACAGGAUCAUUCGCACUAAAGUCCAGCAACCACCUGGCCAAUCAGGAGCUGUCUCUGCCCAUAACUUAGCUUCCACAGUGGCAGUGACCCAGGUAUCGGCAGUAACCAGCGACGCUGCAGGCUCCUCCUACUCCAUCAGUGGAAUUCUGGGAAUUAGCUCACCUGCAGACGCAAGCAAGAGGAAGAGAGAUGAAACUCUACAGGAUUCUCCUUUGGCGAAUGGCCACGCCCACUCAGGGCGGGACUUCCUGCGGAAGCAGAUGCGAGGGGAACUCUUUACACCGCAGCAGCUCGAGGUAUUGGACCAUGUCUUUGAUCGACAGCCCUAUCCUGACAUUUACCCCGUCCCUGACAGCAGCAGCUACAAGCCCGCCCAGACAUCUGAUUACUCGGCUAUGGCGUCUUUGGCUGGCGGACUGGAGGAGAUGAAAAACAGCUUGGCCAAUCAGACAGGAGCAGAGCUGGGUUCCACUGUUGCAGGACCUCAAUCGUAUCCACUUGUGUCUGGUCGCGACCUGGCCAGCACCACGCUCCCUGGUUACCCUCCUCAUGUUCCUCCAACUGGGCAGGGUAGUUACUCCACACCCUCCCUCACAGGGAUGGUACCUGGAAGCGAUUUCUCGGGCAGUCCUUAUUCCCAUCCGCAGUAUUCAACAUACAAUGAGUCUUGGAGAUUUGCAAACCCCAGUCUACUAGUGUUCCAGCAGGAGUACGGUUCUUUACUGGGCUCAGAGAGAGCAGCUUCAUCGGGUCUAUUCCCUGGCCAAACCCCACAACCUACAGGAUCUCCAUACUACUAUAGCGCAGCCACACGGGGAGCAGGAACGGCUGCCACAGCAACUGCCACUGCCUAUGACCGCCACUGACCCACCGAACAAUGGAGAGGAAGAAUGAUGAAGGAGUGGGCGAAACAAAAAGAAAGAGGAGCGAGAAUGGAUUGAUAGCACCCACACAAGACUGUCUACAUAUGGAAGAAAAGAAACGAAGGAGGAGCAGGAAGGAGAAAGAAGAAAGAAAGAAGAGGUGACAAUGUUUUCCUGCCAAUUACAAUCAAUGGUCCAAUCAGUAGCUUCAGCAGAUUUUUCUCAUUUCUGUUCAUUAACAGUAUACACAGAAAGUAUACACCCAUUCACCUGUAUUCCUGUGGUCUCGGCUCACACUAAAUCUGUUAUUGCUUUGAUUUAUCUUCUGUCAUUAAAGCCUUGCUUAUCCUAUCGUCUUUGCAUCUCUAUGCAGUCUGUUCUUAGAGAUGAUCAGGUGUUGGGAGUUGGUACCAGACAAUCUACUAGUGGCAGCUUGAGAUGACCUACAUGAUUUGAGUUCGUUUUAUUAAAUGUGUGAAUGUGGCAUCAUAAUUUGUGUCUGCUAAAACCAUGAAUUGUUUUGGAGAGAACCUAACGUAUCAAGCGAACGGAGAUUUAAUAGAGUUGGACAGAUAACUCAGGUCGGAAUAUUGGCAUUAUUUACAUUAAAAUUAGCCAGCGUGAAGGACAGACCCAUUUCACUGUUGAUCAUGGGAUGCUUCCACUUUGAAAAUGUAGCGUAAUUACGGUAGAGUUAGGAGAGAUUUUACUGGAAGAUACUGAAAUUAGUUCUGAUGCGCAAGCACAAGAAUAUUCGAGCCCUUGGUUAACCACAUAACGGACCCUUAUAAACUGAAUUACAUGAAAGUUUAGCAUUAGCUGCGAUGCGGCAGCUAAAAACGGGACUGCUUUGUGAUUCAGUCAUUGUGUAAUAUGUUGGAAAAUAGCAGCAUCAUUUAAAUGUUUAAGCACUGUCGUUAUGAAUGAGAGCAUCAGUAUUUUAAAGACUCCUCUCCUUCCUCUAUGUAGAUAAAUACUAUUUACGUAUGUACAGAAUACCCUUAUUCAACUGUACAUUAGUAAGAUUUAUAGCUAUUUAUGAUGGAGAGUAAUAUAUAUAAUUGUGUGUAAAAGUUUACUGCGGACAAAUGCUACAAUGCUACUGCUAGCUAAAGAUGUUGCCGUUGAAUACGUAGCUGGUUCUCUUUUUAACCCCCCGACGUUUCAUUCCUUGCUGGCAUUGAAGCACUGACAAACUUUUGUAAAGUCGCUCCAUUUUAGAAGGGGAACACUGUUAGCGAUGCUACUUCCCCUAACAGGAAGUGAUGUCAUGCUGUCCGUCCCUUCAAAUCAUCUCCUUAGCCUCCCCAAAGAUACUCUACAGUAGUGCAAAUAGACACUCUUAAAAGCACAAAGUGACAAAUCUGUUAUCCAGAAAUGGCUUUUAUUUUGAUUCACGCUCUGAAUGCAUUUGUUUUUGAUUAUUCCCUUCAUCCAUACUGCGCCAAGACAAUGCAUGAGACCAAGGUGGAGGCCUUACCAAACUCUCUAUGUAGCAACAUCAUGCUGUACAUCCUUCCUGUUUGUCUGUCUGAGAUAUCCUGUACAUCUAUCACUUACAAUGACAAGAGCUUUUGAUAUCAUUAUUGACUGAUAUAUUGAUAUCUAACUUUAGAUUCUAGUAGAUGAGAAAAGACAAAAAGUGUGCUUUAUUUAGCUAUUGUCUGUGAUGAGUGUUCCCAGUUCUUGAUUUUCUUGCUUUUUGUUUUUCAAUACACUGUGCAUUGCUGAGUAGCUUUCGAAAAAGGAGAACACUGUAGUUUUAGUAGUGAGUCACAAGCACCAAAACUUGAUGUUAAAUAAGAAAAAAAUGACAAACCUAUGAAUAUAUAUAUAGAAGUUGAUAGUUUUUAUGUUUUUAUGUUGUUGCUCUGGAUUGUAAAGUAGUAAUAGGAUCACAUUUGUUUGUAGACCAUAAGUUGCACGUUAUGCAACUCUAAAGAAACCCUUGAUGCCGUUCACCACUAAUGACUACUGGUGAACUUUGACCUUUUAAACUUUUAGUCAGAGGCAUUAUGAACCUGAAGUACACCAGCUGAAAUCAAGGACAGUGCCUUUAUUUUUCUACCGAGUCAUCCAGAAUGACCACGCGUCACUAAAAUUGUCUGCAUGACGUAACGAGAUCACAGCUUGACCAACCAAUCAAAAAAAACAGAUGCCACUACCCAUCAUUUAACAGCGUUUUUUUACAUGCUAAUUUUACAAUCUAAUUAAAACUAAAGGCGAAAUAUGAGACUAAUAUAAAUCUACAGUCCCUUUUGAAAGUAUUCAUAUCUCUUCAUUUUUUUCACAUUUUAUGUUGCAGCCUUAUGUUAAACUGCUUUAAAUUACUUUUUUCCCCACAUAAAUUUAUACUCCAUACACCAUAAUAACAAAGCAAAAAACAGAUUUGUAACAACUUUGCAAAUUUAUUAAAAAUAAAACACUGAAAUAAGUACAUUGCAUAAGUAUUCAUACCCUUAAGUCAGUACUUAGCUGAAGCACCUUUACAGCCUCAAGUCUUUUUGGGUAUGAUGCCACAAGCUUUGCACAUUUGCAUAUGGCAAUUAUCUGCCCUUCUUCACCUUACCUCUUCACCUCUCACAUUUUCGGGUUUCUUCAGAAAUUGAUUGCGUUCAAGCCAAGGCUCUGGCUGGAGCAGUGCUUGGUUUCCUUCAAACAUAAUGCUUUGAAUUGAGGUUCAUCCCAGAGAAUCCUGUUUCUCAUAGUCUAAGGGUCCUUUAGAUACUUUUUUCCAAAUUCCAAGUGGGUUUGUGUGUUUACUGAGGAGAGGAUUGAGUUUGACCACACCUCCAUAAAGACCAGAUUGGUGGAGUGCUGCAGUGAUGUUUGUCCUUCUGUAAGUUUCUUCCAUCUGCAUCAUGGAGCUCUCUCUGGUCACUCUCUGUGGUCAUUAAAAAUCCCAUGGCACUUCUCGUAAAGAGUAGAGGUGUAUCCCCGGUGUCCUGGCCAAAUUCCCUCCUCUGGCCUUUGUCAAUCAUGGCCUCCUAAUAAUCCCCAUUUAUUGAAUUGGCUCUAUCACUCUCUGCUUUCCACCUGUAACUGGUGUGUGGUGAGCGCACUGGCGCCGUUGUCCUGUGGUUGCCGUCGCAUUAUCCAAGUGGAUGCUGCACACUGGUGGUGGGUGAGGAGAGAUCCCCCCAUAUGAUUGUAAAGCGUUUUGGGUGUAUGGCAAUACACAAUGAAAACGCUAUAUAAAUGUGUUCAUUCAUUCAUUCAUAAUGGAGGCUACAUUCUUCUGUGAACCUUCAGAAUUUUUUUCUGAACUCUUCCCCAGAUCUGUGCCUUGACGCAAGCCUGCUUCUGAGCUCUACAAACAGCUAUUUUGACCUCAAGGCUUGUUAAAUUUCAAAUGCCCCAGAAAAGGGUAUGAAUACUUAUGCAAUGGAAUCAUUUCUAAGAAAUUUUCAAAGUUGUUAAAAAUCUGUUUUGUGCUUUGUCAUUAUGAUGUAUGGAGUGUGAAUUGAUGUGGGAAAAAAGUAAUUUAAAGCAGUUUAAUAUAAGGAUGCAACAUAAAAUGUGAAAAAAAUGAAAGGGUAUGAAUACUUUCGCAAGGCACUGUAUUUAAUAUUUAACAUCAGGUUAGAUACAAUUAUUCAUUAUAAAACACUGAUCUAUUAUUUACAAUAUAAAACAAAUCUAAAAACAGAUUAAAUAAGAGAUUUAGUCAAAAUUCACAUAUUCUGAGAUCCAAAAGCUGUUUUUUUUCCCUUCUUUUUUUCUUCCAUGAUAUAACAGGGUACAAUAAACUCCUGAUGGUGUAAUUCCAUUGUCUUAAAGGGAAAGUUCACCCAAAUUUGUUUCAGCUUCUGUCAUCAUUUAAGCCCUGUUCAGACUACACAAUUUUUUUUUUGUCAGUUAGGACAGUCACUGUGUCAGAUUAUCUUGUCGUCUCGUAAACAAGAAACAUGUCAGACGACACGUUUCUACCCGACCAUUCAUCGCUUGCCGUCUUUAACGACAUGCAUGCUGUCAUCGAUAUGACGGGACUAGACAGAAGGUGCUAUGAGCGUAAAAACAAACAAUGGCUAGCAAACAGCGUGUUUUGCCCUGUCUUGUCGUCAGAAAAGCCCAAAAAAGAAAGGAAACCUGACAGUGGACAGAAAUCUGUAUUGCAUGGAGGGCAGUAUAAACUGUCAAAGAGAACAGAGGUAAAAUAGUGUUUAUUUAACCUUUUUUUACUCUGUUGUGGUAGUCCCUCAAGGAAACAUCAUAAAUGCAGCAGUAUUUUUGCCACCUAGCAGAAUCGAUACCAUUGUCUCUCUUUCGUUUCGGCUUGUUUGAAAGCUUGUUUGAAAGCGCAUCUGUGCUCCUAUUGGCCAGUGUCACAGACAUGCUAGUCUUUCUGUGGUGACGUUGUGAAGUGUCGCAUACGUGACAUCAGUUGUCGUCUAUUAUGACACACUACAUGAGAUGAAACGAUUAAAUCUUGCAUCCCGUUUGUGCCAAAAUCGGGUAGUCUGAACUGGGCUUUACUCAACCUCAUGUCAUUCCAAAUAGUUUCAUGGAACCACUGUGACAUUGAGGGAUGUUAACAGGGAUGUUACAUUUUUCAAAAUGUCAUCCUUUCUGUUUCACAGAAGAAAGAAGUGCAUACAGGUUUGGAACAACAUGAGGGUGAUUUUGGGUAAACUAUCCCUUUAAGAACUGAGAAUGAAUAUUAGAUUAACUGUGAAGGGAUUGUCUUGUCAUGUAUCUGUCAUCUUUUUAUACAUAUAUUUUAAAUGGACUCUAGGUUAAAAGGUUCUGGGUGUUCCCGUUGGAUUAAAGUAGGGAGACACAAAUGAAAUACACACACAGUCCUUUUGUCCUUUGUCAGGUCAUGAAUAUGCCACACCACUCCAUUGACAUGAUCAAAACCUGCUGCACCAGCAAAAUCGAACCCUCUUUUUCUCGUUUCCCAUCCCCUCUGAUUUCAAUUUCUUAUUUCCACCCCCCACCACCAUUUAACUCCAUUUGCCUCUCUGGUGCACAUUUAAUCUCAUCAGAUCUUCCUAACCCCUUCCUCCAAUGCCAUCAGGACUAGAGAUUUUACAAGUUGGCCGUUGAUCACCUUUGUAAAAAUGAGACGUUUUUUUGAGAAGAUUAUAGUUAUGCGAUUAAAAAUUAAUUCUGAUAUUGAGGAAAUAUACCAACUUUAUAAAUAUUGUUUAAAAAAGCACACAUGUUUUCCAUUGCACAUUUCAUGCAUAAAAAAACUGAUUUAGAUCACUGGCAGACAGGUUUUAUUAAUUAGUCCUUAUUUAUUUUAUCAUUCACUCUCAUUCACAAAAAGUGGCAAAAUAAAUACCUGCCUUUCAAUUAUACCUUAAAACAAAGUGAUUUACUCUCUAAAUAUGGUUUAGCAAUGACUCCGUAUUUAAAAUUCAUUCAGUGAACCUGCCUCACUCAUCAGCUCAAAUCAAAAUAUCAGAAUAUGUGAGUCAAAUGUGAAUGCAAUUUGACUUCACUUCAUUUUCCAAAUCAGCAAAAUUUGAUUUGAAAUUCUAAAACUGGAAUAUUCUGUUAUGUAUUGAAUCUUAAAGUGGUACAUUCACAUUAACAUAAAAAGUUUCCCAAUUUAAAAAAGCAGACUUAACAAAAAAAUAAAAUGAAAUAAAAUAAAAACAGAGGACUUGGUUAUCACCUUAUUGUGGCCUUCUGUGUACAAUCAGAAGCUCCUUCUGUAAUUACUUGCUAAUAGUUUCUUUCCCAAGGGGUUCAUAAGUAUUUUUUACUCAGUUUUUGAAGUAAAGAUUAAAGAGUUUGAAAAGUUUUGAUGAAUUUGAUAACAGCAAUCAGUUCAAUUCAAAGGAAAAGGAAGAAAAAAAAUCAGACAAACAACAUAUCUGUAGCAUCCACCAAAGUUCGAGAUGCCCGGUUUAAAAGUAUUCUCUGGUGAUCAUUGCAAAAAUAUUCAAAUUAUGAAAUAAGCAACAUGACAGAAAGAUGAAGGCAACAGAUGUUUGCGACGAGUAAAUGAAUGAACUGCUUCUUUAAGAAAUGUGUAUGUUUUUUAUUGAAUUUUCUAGUAGUAAAAAAAUCUUGAUGUUUUUCUCUGCGUGUCGUGUGUUGUCUUAAUAUUUGAAUGUAUUUACUGCAGAACAAAAUUUGCCAAAGAUAUCAUGCCACUUAAUUUCAAUCUUUUUGGUUCUUCAUGACUUAUUUCUUCAUUUUAUUCAAAUCUGUCCACAAGCUGGAAAUAAAUGUGAUUUGAUAUUGAUUUUCUAAUGGAAUUAUAUUGUUAUUGUUAUUAUAUUAUUAUUGUUAUUAUUUUUAUUAUGAUGAUGACUUUUUGUUUGUUUGUUUUACUGUUGUUCAGGGUUAUUCAAUUGUCUGGCAUUCCUCCUAAUCCCUGAUACAGGGUCAUAGGCUACUCUGUGUAUGUGCAUAUGAGUGAAUGUUGUUUGUGUAUUAUCAAUUCACGUAUGUUGUAAUGUGAAACUAAGAAGUAAUUAUUUGUAAAUAUUGGCCAUAAUUUUAUUGGUUCAUCAGAAUAAAAGUAAUUUUUUAAGUUCA